AGGGCUUCAUGCUGCUAGCUCCCUGUACGAGGCGGAAAAUUGGCGUCAAUUGUUGCGCAAAUGCUAGGCUUGCCCCGCUCGAUCACCAGGAAGCCACAACCGCCGACUUGCGGCGAUUCCAAGAGGAAAACAGCGGCAUCGAUAUAAAUAGAGUCCUUUUAGCAGCGUGGCAAAGCUGCUAGACGGGUGCAUCGCCCGAAUCAUCGCAGAGCCCAUGAUGGAGCAAAAUGGCUGUGCGGUCAUUGCUGCCGAAGGGCUAAACAACCUUCCGAUCGUUAGCUUCCGCUGGUUUUAACUGUUCAAUUGGUUUACAAUUGUCUUACAGCCAAUGUUUGUAACUACUGUUGCUUCCGGUGCCUUUAACCUGCAGCUAUGGCCUCCUCGGAUAAUGUUAAAGUGUCGAUCAAGGUGAGGCCACUCAUCAAACGAGAACGGGAUGGCAAACUUACACCACAAUGGCGCGUCCGAGAUAAUACAAUAGCAACCAUCGACGGCAAUGGCGAACCUUUCGUUUUCGAUCACAUCUUCGACGAGACGGUGCCGACGAGGCAGUUAUUCGAGACCGUCUGCCGGCCGGUGAUCCAUGCGGCGCUCAAGGGUAUCAAUGGAACGAUCUUUGCCUACGGUCAAACAUCAUCGGGCAAGACGUACACCAUGAUCGGCGGUGACAGUGAGCCGGGCGUAGUGCCGUUAACUGCACGUGAAAUCUUUGAAGAAAUCAAACGCCAUCAGGACCGACAGUUUCUCAUCCGCGUGGGUUUCAUCGAGAUCUACAACGAGAAAGUGCACGAUCUCCUCAACACUGCCAACACGAACCUCAAGAUAACGGAGAACCAGUGCGGGGACGUGUCGGUCAACUCGAAAGAAUGCAUCACCAACUGUGCCGAGCAGAUCCUGCAGUACGUGGAUGCGGGGAACAAGGCGCGUAAAAUCGGAGAAACGAACAUGAACGAGCGAUCGAGUCGGUCACACACGAUCUUCCGUAUCACGAUCGAAUCGCGGCUCAUAAACGCGACCGACGAGGAGACCAAAACGGACAGUGAAGCGGUACAAAUAGGCAUACUGAAUCUGGUCGAUCUGGCCGGCAGCGAGAGGGCCGAUCAGACCGGUGCGACGGGGUGCCGGUUUAAGGAGGGCGUAUGCAUCAACCGAAGCUUGCUAUCGCUGAGCCUGGUCAUCCAGAAGCUGAGCGAAAACUCUGAUAAACAGUUCAUCAACUAUCGCGACUCAAAGCUGACCCGAAUCCUGCAGGCAUCACUCGGUGGCAAUGCGGUCACGUCAAUGAUCUGCAACAUUACGCCGGCCGUGGUGGAUGAGACGUACUACACGCUGAGCUUCGCUAUGCGCGCCAAAACCGUCAAGAACAGACCGAAGGUCAACGAGAUCCUAACCGACGCCGCUAUGAUGAAGCGCCUGGAGCGAGAAAUCAAGCGACUACAGAGUCAGCUGCGAUCCGAGCAGCACAAGAACAGUAAGAUCAAGACGCUCGAGCUGAUGAACGCCAUCACGUUGCGCACGAGCCAGUUCAUCAAUUCGAACCAAGCGCAAUCGAUGCAGGUUGAUAGCGCACGAAGGCGCACGUGGUGUCCGACCAGCUCGGAUAUACCGCACCCGACGGUGUCGUCCUACGCCCGUGGAGAUGGACUAUCGUUAAUGGGUCCACCGGCGCCCCCGGGACUCUCAUCCUAUGGUUGUAUAUCUAGCCAUCCCGGUGUCUCGCGGCCCACGCUCCUCGUGGACGAUGAUUUUGGUGCGAGUCUUGGUCUAGAGGACGGCGACGACGAGUGUCGUAUUAACUUUCUGGAGCUGAAGGAAAAACGGGACAAUCUAGCCUCCCGGAUGCUUUCAACGUCACCAAUGCAGAGCGGAUUGCUGAAUCCUUUCGCUGCAUACGAAGGGGAUGAGUUUGUACCUGGGGAGCAGAUUAGCUUUGGCCAUACCUCCCUAUCGCCGACGUCAGCCGUCAUCCGAGAUCUGCGAACACCAGUUAGUCUGCGUCGGACACGCCGAUCAUCCACCGGUGAUUCACCGACAAAGCUCAACUACGAAGAAAGGUGUCGCGUUUUGGAGCAGGAACUGACGGAACUGGAGGAAUUCACCAAACUAGAAAAGACGACAGAACUGCAGGCACUCAAAGAAGAGUUGGCCAAACGGAACGAGGAGGUCGGGACGCUACGGGGCGAAAUCGAGCUGAAGCAGCUGCGAAUAGAAAAGCUGGAUGAAAGAUGCACCCAUCUUGAGAUCGAGCUAAAGGAGCAAAAGAGCCGCGUAAGCAAGGCGGACGAGGAACUGACGCGCUCAGUCAAGGAACGGCAGGGCGCAGUGAAGGAAGCGGAGCAUCACCGUAACCAGCUUACCGGAAUUGAGUACGAGUAUGAGCUAUUCCGGCAGCGAUCGGAGGCACGGGAGAAGGAGCUGAUCGAAUCGCUGCAGGAGGCCCGCAGUACGUCGGCCAGCGGCACAUCGACCGGCGAACGAGUGGAUCAAAAACGGGAGGAAA